UCAUCUGUCAAAUCGUCGCCUUCGGUAAACAACAAACAUUUUCGUUUUGCUGAAUUUUAAUUCUCCGAUAGCACUGCAGCUACUGAAACGUAAUGGGUGAUAAUUUUGGAAUCCAUCGCGGGCCUCCGAAACGACAAGCCGAUGAGGAUCGUACUCAAGGUCAGAUUUUGAGCGAUUUUCUUGUGCAGCUGGAGGAUUACACCCCCACGAUUCCGGAUGCCGUCACGUCCUACUAUUUGAAUUCUGCUGGUUUCGAAGCAUCCGAUCCGAGAAUUGUUCGGCUGAUUUCCAUCGCAGCGCAAAAGUUUAUCUCGGACGUGGCCAAUGAUGCUUUGCAGCAUUGCAAAACAAGAACCAGCAACGCACCGAACACAAGCCAUGGUUCUUCGAAGAAUCAAAACGCUAAACUGGCCAAGGAUCGCAAAUAUACGCUAACCAUGGAGGAUUUGCAGCCGGCGCUGAAUGAUUACGGUAUUACCGUGCGCAAGGCGCACUAUUUCGUUUAGUAAGUUUUUUCUGCGGAAAUUUGGCAAACAAUACAGAUUUAUUCUUUGCAUAUAAUCAAACGGACGAUGUGAAUAAAUUUCCGGUCUAAAAAG